AAAAAAAAAACUUUCCCACCUAACUCUACACUAUUAAAAUCCAAUCCCUUUGCAGCAUAAUCAACAGGGCUUCAUUCAUUCACUCUAAGAAGUUCAGCCAAUACUGCAUACUUGAGGAAAUUCCAUAAAGAUGUUGAAGCAGCUUUUCUCACCAUUUCUAUUCCCAUUGAUCUUCCUCUGCUGCUCCACUGCUUUUUCGCAGCCUCCAGCACAAGCUCCGGCGGCUCUCCCACCGGGACAAGCUCCGGUUGCUCUGCCUCCCCCGGUGGUUCAGUCUAUGGCACCAGGUCCAGCAUCAUCAGGUCCACCUAACAUCACUGCAAUCCUUGAGAAGGCUGGCCACUUCACUACCUUCAUUCGCCUUCUAAGGAGCACGAAGAUGGACAGCGACAUUUACACGCAGCUCAACACAUCAAGCCAAGGCCUUACUGUAUUCGCCCCUGAUGAUUAUGCCUUUGGUAAUCUCUCAGCAGGCGCUCUGAACGCAUACAAUGAUGACCAGAAGUCCCAGCUCGUUAAAUUCCAUCUCAUAUCUUCAUACUUUUCCCUCCCCGAGUUCCAAACUGCGAGCAACCCGGUGAGCACAGAGGCCGGUACUAAAGUUGAGUACCCGCUAAACGUAACCAUAUCGGGGAGCCAGGUGAAUUUAACAAGUGGAUUUGUGAAUACAACAGUAUCCAACACAGUUUAUACGGAUGGACACCUAGCAGUAUAUGCGGUGGACCAGGUGCUACUUCCAAAGCAUUUCCUUGUGACUCCAUCGCCCGCACUAGCAAAGUCUGAGAAAGAGUCUCCAUCUGUUCCAGUGUCCAUUAGCAACAUCCCUUGGGUUCAAUCUUCUGAGAUGAGAGCUGUUUGUUGUUGAUUUUGUGUACGACUACUGUUCUAUUUUCACUAAUAUCAUUUCGAUUGUUUUUGAGUAAACUCUCAAUCUCCCCCCUUUCUCCAAAAUCAUAGACAGAAUGAACACAUUUUUUGCAUGCUAAUUAUAUUUACGAUGCAGAAAAUGCC